AUGGCUCCCUCGGACGUCGAACCGUUUCCGCCGCUGAAUGACAAGUUUGCGAAGAAGGAGGGGCACAAAGGCGGGAAGACGGUGCGGCGGAGAAAGAGUAGUGGAUUAGGAGCGGAGCUGUUCGGGGACAAUGAUGUUGCUGCUUUUGCGACGUUAGGGAGUGGAGUGCUGCCCGCGACGCCUACAGAGCCGCGAGAAAAGCCCGCCCGUCGUUCCAAGCGCCGCACCAUAAAACGCGCCCUCUCCAAAUGGAAGCGCCUCUGCCUCCGACACACCUGGCUCAUGCCGCUCAUUCUCUCCCUCAUAAUAAUCUCGCUCUACCUCAUCAACCCGGUCCCCUCGAAUCCCAUCUCCGCCGCGCUCUUCCUCUCGUACCCGAUCCCGCGCGAACCCGGCUCAGAUGCUCCCAUACAGUAUGGCAAAGGCGCACGCGACUUCGCCUUCGUCGGCUUCUACAUCAUCGUGCUGUCCUUCACGCGCGAGUUCCUCAUGCAGCGCAUGAUUCGGCCCAUCGCAAUACACUACGGUAUCAAGUCGCGCGCCAAGCAAAGCCGCUUCAUGGAGCAGUUCUACACGGCGAUAUACUUUGCUAUCUUUGGGCCCUUUGGGCUGUGGGUCAUGCGCGGGACGCCUGUGUGGUAUUUCAAUACGACGGGCAUGUAUGAGGAGUUCCCCCAUAAGACGCACGAGGGCGUGUUCAAGGCAUACUAUCUGCUGCAGGCGAGCUACUGGGCGCAGCAGAUGAUUGUCCUGCUGCUGAUGCUGGAGAAGCCGCGUAAGGAUUUCAAGGAGUUGGUCGCGCAUCAUUUCAUUACCCUGAGUCUGAUUUGGCUGAGCUAUCGGUUCCAUUUCACGUAUAUGGGGCUGGCGGUUUAUGUUACGCAUGACAUAUCGGAUUUCUUCCUCGCGACCUCCAAAAUCUUCAACUACCUCGACACCUCCUUCGUCGGUCCCUACUUCUUCAUCUUCAUGUGCGUCUGGGGCUACCUGCGCCACUAUCUCAACCUCAAGAUCCUCUACUCGAUCCUCACCGAUUUCUCCACUGUCGGUCCCUUCGAGCUCAACUGGGAAACCCAACAGUACAAAUGCCGGCUUGCUCAGGCCAUCUCCUUCUCCCUCCUUGCCGCUCUGCAAGCGGUCAAUCUUUUCUGGUGGUUUCUAAUUUGCCGGAUUGCAUACCGGUUUAUGGUGGAAAAUAUAGUGGAGGAUGAAAGGAGCGAGUACGAGGAGAGUGACGUGGAGGAGGAGAUCGAGGGCGAGAAGAAGGAGAGGAAGAGCAUGAAUGGAAAGGCGAAUGGGACCGCGAAUGGAAAUGUGAAUGGGGUGCCGGUGACGCCGGAGAGGGUGAUUAAGGCCGAAGAGCAGGGGACCAUCGCGUCGAGGGUGAGGGAGAGGAAGAAGAAUCAUAAGUAA